CCCGUUAUCUGAUUAUCUGAGUGCAUGUAAACACAAUGAUUGGUUUGCAGAAUCUGAUUUUCUGCAGUUAUUGGAUUAUUAAGUGUCUCAUGCAUGCAUACACUCACUGUCUCAUGCAUCGUAACUUCAGACAUCUGGUUCUUAUCGCCACCACCAUGAACAGCUGUGACCAAGUUUCUCUAGAGCAGACCAUUUCACGCCAAACCACUCUGAAUGACUCUCUCUGUAGUUAUACAAAAAUGUAGAAACAUUGGUUGAAUUCUAGAUUCACUGGAAACACACUUGCUAAUUGACUCACUGCGCAUACCAGACAUUAGAAAACAAUUUGGUAUAUGACUACAUAUAAUAUCAGCCAGUGUACAUUUUUGCUCCCACCUAACAAACAAUGCCUAGAAAUUGCAGCAAAGAUGUGGACUGUCUGGAUGGCCUUGAGGAGUGGUGUGAGAUUCACUGGCUUAUAUUUCAGUGUUUCCCACGUGUAUGUUAUUCUUUAAGUUAAUGGACUACUCUCAGUCCAGCAGUGACAUGGUGGUGUUUAUACACACACACACACACACACACACACACACACACACACACACACACGUUAAGAUUGUUCCCUGCAUUUUUAAGGGUAUUUCGGGAUUCAUUUGUUGAAUGAGACUUGGAGUGCAGUAGGAGGAGUUUAACACUGGAAGAACACUAGUUGGUUUACUACAUAGGGAGCAAAAGGUCAUUUUGAGACACACCCAGACUUCCGCAAAGAUUAACAUCUCACUUGAGUCUUAAACAUCAGUCACAGCUCUGAUUGCAGUGGGAGCACGAACAGUGAGAGGCUUCAUAUUCAGCUCAGCAACUGUGUUAGAUUUCAAAGAUUUGAGGCCAUGGCCACCGCCCCUGCAGCAGGUACAAAUGCCCCGUCAGCGCCCCCAGCCAGUAUGUUCGACAAUGUACCGGGAUACGAAGGAACAGUUGCUGGUGGAGGAGGUGGAUACCUCCCUCCUCCUGUGCCAACAGUGCCAAUUCCUGUACCAGAGCCUGGCCCUAACCAGCCUAACUGGCAUAUUCCCUCCGUCACAGAGGACGCUGCACGUGAGGCCUUUGUGAGCUACGCUUCCAGUAAAUGCUGUUACAGCACUGCACCAGCCAAAGAUGGAGUAAUCACCAGCAUGGAGCCUUUCAACACCUAUAGGUAUCGCUUGGAGACCUUCACUGAGUCCAGAUCCACUGAGUGGAGUCAGGAGCCAUAUACCAAUCAGCCUGUAGAUGGAUUUAUCCAACGUGCACCAGGGCCCUGGGAGAUAGCAGCCCAGACUCCCACCUUCUUCCAGGAGAGCACACAGAUCAUCAGAGUGCCAUACACCUCCUCAGUUAAGCCUUGCCACAUAUGCCUGGGCAUGAGGAGAACACCAUGCAAGGAGUGUGCUGGCUGUGGGAGCAAAGUCUGCUGGGUUUGUAACGGCGCUGGUGUUCGCCAUGGCAAUGAUCGCUGUAUGCACUGCAGUGGCCGUGGGAGGGAAAAUUGCACUUGGUGCAGUGGGCAUGGUUCUAAAGAUUGUCAAACCUGCCGUGGGAAGGGACAGCUCCUUGUCUUCAUCAACCUCAAGGUUCAGUGGACCAAUAAUAAGGAGGAUUUUGUGAUGGAGCAGUCGAGCGGUCUGAGAGUGGAGAAUCUCAGUAAGGUCUCCGGCAGGGAAAUGUUCAAAGACUCUCAAUAUAUGGUGUACCCAGUGAUGGGUUUCCCAGAUCAUGUAGUGGCCCAAGCAUCUGAACGCUUAGUAAGAGAACACCAGUCCAAGUUUUUACAGACCGCCCGUAUUCUGCAGCAGCGCCACACCAUAGAGCUGAUCCCCGUAACCCGCGUGACCUACUCAUGGAAAGGGAAAUCUCACGUUUACUUUGUAUUUGGGAACGAAAUGAGCGUGAACACCGACGACUACCCGGCCACCUGCUGCUGCUCUGUGAUGUAGUUCUGCAUUGUGAAGAAUCAGACCAGCGUUGGAGAGCUGGAGCACAGCAUCAUUUAGUGCCUAGUUACUGAUGAAGUGCAGUGUUUCUCAGCUCCAGUCCUGCAGGCUCCUUUACAUGGGAAUAUUAAGUUUUUACCACCCCUAAACAUCCAGUUUUGCACAAAAAGGCAAACGUUAAUUUGCUGAUGGGUAGACUUGGAUGUGGCAAAGCAGGGAAAAUACUACACUGUGCAGUACGGGACUGGAACAGGGAAACACUGGUCUAGAGCUAUUCACUGUGGUCUUCGACAACAUCAACUGAUGUCAUUUAUGCUUUUAACUCUAUAUAGGGACAUUUCACCAGUUUUUCAAAAUUUCUGAUGUAGUAAUUACAUUUGAUAAGACAAAAACAGCCAUUCAGAGAGGUUUGAUUUGAAAUGCUCCACUCUAGAAAAACGUGAUAAGAGAGAGUUGUUCACAAUGUUUGUGACAGGAACCAGAUGUCCAAAUCGUUAAAUGUCUGUAAAAAAGCUACCUUAAAUAAAUGCAUUCCAGAAGUUAGUUCUAAAUAUGUUGCCUGAUGCCUGAGACAAAUUUUAAUAAAAUUUGGCCUAAAAUUUUUUUUUUAAUACAUUCAUGGCAGCGAGAUACAUGCAGAGUGUUAGCAGGCAAAAUAGUGCCCAAUGAAAACUUAUUUCAGGCUUACCUGGUUUACCAUCAUCAACAUUAAAAGCUCAGUGCAGGAUCUGGAAAGCAGAUAUUUUCAUUGUACUCAUUGCAAACCCUGGUUCCUGUCACCACCAUCGUUAGGAACAUUUGAGUUGUCGAGUUUCUCUAGAAAACACAAUUUCACUUCAACAAAAAAUGUUUUAAAUAUUGGUGGAAUUCCCUUUUAUCAAAGAAGGGUUUGCCAUGCCUCUACCUGUAGUGGGUGCUAUUUAGGGAUUCACACAAACACUGCUUUGCCAAAACUAACUUCUAACUAAUUCAAUUUAAAUCAUUAACGUGGAAAUUGCUGAAAGGGAAAAGGCCUGAUGUGCAGACGUGUGUCUGCUGCCUUUAAAACACAUCAUGCACUAUGGCAAUGAAUGUUUGCAUUAUAAAGGACUGUAUACUUCAGCAAUAUUUCUUAUUGUAUUAGUUAUGUUGUAUGCAAAUGAGAAAUUGAACAUUUCUUGAAAUAUUUUUACUAUGCUUGGAACAGCCAAAGAGCAGCCUAAUCAGCUUAUUGUAUUGUAAUACAAGUAAUGAGAAAUUGCCUUUUCCCUGUGAAUUGAAGUGGAGGUGCUUUGAAAUGUUAGCAGUCCUAAUGCUGUUAACAUUCAACUGAAUGCACAAAGAUGUGCGGAAGGAGUGCCAUUUGUUGUAAAGUCAUAAUGUCGGCUAUUAUUUGCACUUUUUUUAUUUUUUUAAUUCAGUGAUCUUAUUCAUAGUUAUGUGCACAAACUUGGGCACCCAAAUGCCGUUCUGUUGAUUUGUCUAAGUGAAAAUUUUGUUUUACUACUUAGUUUUUACACAUUUUUACACAGUUACUGUUAUCUGCUGGAUAUAACAUCUUUGCAAAAAACUCAACAAAUAGAAAAUGUGCACUAAAAUUCGCAGGAAAGUGCCACAUUUAACUGUGUUUUCUGUAGUGGAGUUUCUGUGACUUAUUUUCACUUAGAAAAUCACCAAAACAAUUUGUCCAGGGGUGUUCAAAAUUUGCAUAAAUCUGUUAUUACUGUCCUAGCAUCCUCUUCUUUUGUACCUUUACAUGUUUUUAUUAUCAUAAUCAAAUACUUAUUAAUAUGAUUCUAGUGAGUGUUCUGCUAAUUUGAAUAAAUAAAUUGAGAUAUAUUUACAUA